AUGGACGUCCAUCCCAACAAGCAAAAACUCGUCGGUCGAGCGAUAGAUCUCUUCCAGGAAGUACAGAACUUAACGCCGGGAAAAGACCUGGAAGCUCGACUAAAUGCAGAGUACGGCCCUGGAACACCCAUCUAUGACGAUUUAUGUUCCUACAUUCGGCAGGGAAUCGAGAACGACGAAGGCUGGGUUGCUACCGACGAGUUGGACGGACCCAAAUAUCGGCGAAGUGUUGUAUGUCGACCUUCAGCAGAAACGCGGUUCUUCAGCAUCACCACCGUUUACAUGGCAAGCGACGAGGUAUAUGCAGGGCAGUAUCACCAGCAUCCUUAUGGGGAGAUAAAUUGUGUUGUGCAAAUCGACAAGACCGCUGAGCUGAAGGGCAUGAAUGGAUGGCAAGGCGCUGGAUGGACGUCUCCAGGUCCCGGAACCCAUCAUUACCCAGAAGUGCGGAGAGGGAGACUGGUAGCAUUGUUCUUUCUACCAGCUGGUCGGAUUUCUUAUGAGGCGACACCCGAAAUGCCACAACCGCUCGCAAUCUGA